GCGCUCAAUCAUAGAGUUAGCAAGUUAUUACGGGUUCUCACGCACACACACACACACGCGGAAAUGUUGCGCACCGGAUGAUUUAGCGAGUUGGGUCGCCUAUGGUAGAGCGGUUGGAUCAAGCAGUUGGUGUUAAGUGGUGAAAGGUAAGGUGGCUGGAUAAGGGAGGAAUGAUUGUGGGGUGGAAAUUCCACUUUUUAUUUAUUUUAUUGAGUUAAUGGCUGGGAGGGCAUUCCCAUCAUGGUGUCCUAGGUCCUAGUCUGAAACUCUAACCACUAUGCCACACUGCUUCUGCUCCCAACCCGCGCAUGGUUCGGAUGCAUGACAUGUAGCCACCAUGACAUGUAGACCCUCCAAGUGUCGCUAUUUUUCAGGGAUGUCCAUGAUUUAGAGAAGCCGUCCCGGUUUCUGAUCUGAUCCCAGAAUGUCCCGUUUUUCCUUAAGACGCCCCUAUUUUCACUGGAGAAAUGUUGGAGGGUAUAGAGUUAUCCAUCCAUCUCAAGGCAAUCCUGUAAAGGGAAGGUUGGUUUUUUUUUAAUAAAAAAAGUUUACUGUUUUAUUACAUUUUUAUAUGUGUUGAAAGCUGCACAGAGUGGCUUUGGCAACCCAGUGUGCUGUGUGGGGGUAUAAAUAGUAAAAUUAUAAUUAUGGAAUGAGAUGUCCCUAAUUUCAUCGGAGAAAUAUUGGGAGGGUAUGCAGAAGCCAAGCAUUCAGUAUUGUGGUUCCAAUCCUGUGGAACCCUGCUGAACUGCAAGGACUUUUCUAUUUUAGCAGGCAUGUUAAGGUAGUUUUCCAAGAUGAGUUUUAAUUAUUUUUAUUUAUUUGUAUGAAACAUAUUAUUUAUUCACUUGUUACAUUUGUAUACCACCUUUCCUCCAAGGCAAUGUGCCUCGUUCUCUUCCUCCCUAUUUUACCCUAACCCUUUGAAGUAGCUUAGGCUGAGAGACAGUAAUUGACCCAAGGUCACCCAGUGUGCUUCAUGACUGAGUGGGCAUUUAAAUCCCUCAUUAUUAACAUUCAGAAGGAAUUUUAAAAUAUUAUUGUUCAGCCACACAGUUGAUGGCUGAAAGAUAGUUUCUGGCUACCUUGAAAUCAUAGGCUGUGACAGUAUGUGACUUUUUUAAAAACGUGUUUAUUAGAUGUGCUAAAUUCUUUUAGAUGCUUUCAAGUCCUUUUUAAAAAUGCAUUCUUUUGUUUUAACGGUAUUGUUUUAUUGCUUUGCUGUUUGCCAUCCUGGGCUUCUCUGGAAGGAAGGGUGGGAUGGAAAUAUAAUAAAUAAUUAUCUAGUGAGGUGAGUGGAGAUUUCAGCCUCCCUGAUUCUAGUCCCAACAUACUAACCUCACCUAUGUUUUCAUUUCUCAGACAGCCAUGGCUCGCAAGAAAGUCCACCGCCCGAUCGCAGCAAUGGCCAAGAAGGUCCGUGAGUACUUGGCCCUGAAGAAUAAGCCUCGAGACUCUGAGCGCUAUGCGGUGGACUAUGAGAAAAUGACCCGUGCUUACACAGGCAAGCUGCUGCCCGUCCUGGCCUGGGAGGAUGUGAGGAAUGAGAACCGGCUCUUCACCCUACUCAGCCGGCUGCGCCUCUUUGGCGUUGGGCGGAUGGUCACACGCAAAUCCUGGUUAUGGCAGUAUGACGAACCUUGUUAUUGGGUUAUCACCAAAGUGAAGGUGGAUUACACAGCCGAGGUGGGUGUUUUUUUUUACUGGAAGGGAGUGUGUAAGGAUUGGGUCCCCCAUGAUAACUGUCCCUUUCAGAGAGUGCAAAUUUAGCGAUUAAAGUGGAUUAACGAGAACAUAAGAUGAGCCUGCUGGAUUGGGCCAGUGGGCCAUCCAAUUCAGUAUCCUGUUUGCACAGUGGCCGAGCAGAUGGCUAUGGGAAGACUUCAAGCUGGGCAUGAGCUCAGCAGCACUCUGCCCACCUGCGAUUCCUAGAAACUGCUACUCAGAGGUACAGUGCCUCUGACAGUGGAGGUAGAGCAUAGUCAGGAUGGCUAGUAGCCAUUGAUAGCCUUAUUCUCCAUGAAUUUAAAGCCAUUUGAAGUGCUCUGUUGUCUUAGCCCAAUGUAUCCAAUUUUGGCAAUAGAACUGCACUGAACAGUGGGGGGUUGAAGAAAUUAUUUGUAGGAAGAUGUAUAAACACCCUGGAAACAAAUUGGGGUGAAUGCUCAUUGUCGUUUAAACCAUCUCACAAACAAUUCAGAACAAAUGCUUCAUAAAAACAGGACAGCAUGCUCUUCUUCCCAGAGGAGUCCACGGUGCCAUGUACAUGUAAACAUAUGUAUUUCUACAUGUGUAAAAUACAAAUUCUCUGUUACAGAAUAUGGAUCAUGGAAAAGCCUGGGGAUACUUGACGUUCCGAGGUAAGAGAAGAGCUGCUUUGAGAGGCUUUAAUAAUUAAUCCCUUUUUCCCUGUGUUAAGAAACUGAAAUUUGAAAGCUAGGAGCUAAAUGGCACCUUAAACCUAGGUCACGGGUGUCAUAACAGAAUGUCUAGGCACACUUUUUAAAAUAUAAGUAUACAAAGCUGAAAAUGAAUGAACUGCAGCUAAAAUCUUACGUUCAUUUUUCACACGGUCUAGUCCUCAUCUGAAGACUGCAAAAAACAAAGCCGUGCUUCCCCUGCCCGCCCCCUUAAUAUUCUUAAGAAUAUUCCGCUGAAUAAAACGCUGCCUUUCUGUAAGGCCAGCUAAGAGGCAGAAUCAGAUCAGCUUACCUGAUGCUGCAUUGAUUUCUUGGAAGUUGAGCAGGCAGGAAUUUCUCCUCCCACACCCUCAGCACUGGCAGUGGUAGUUUUAAUCUGAAAUCUUAGGCGCAGUACUGCACCCAGAGCUCAGAAAUUGCUUGCGCUAAUGAAAUUCCCGGUUGCAAAAUGCGCCUAGAACAAUGGGAGUUUCGAACGCUGCUUUUUCCAGGGAACUCUGAGAAAUGUGGCUCUGUGAGGGGAGCAGGGGUCUUCCUAACAACUCUCAGCACCUUUAGCAAACUAUGCUCAUGUUUCUUUGGCGAAAGCCGUGACUGUUUAAAAUUGUAUGAUAUGGCUUUAAAUUGGGGGUCAGCAAACUUUUUUAGCAGGGGGCCGGCCCACUGUCCCUCAGACCUUGUGGGGGGCUGGACUAUAUGGGGGGGGGGAAUGAAUGAAUUCCUGUGUCCCACAAAUAACCCAGAAAUGCAUUUUAAAUAAAAGGACACAUUCUACUCAUGUAAAAACAUGCUGAUUCCCGGACUGUCCACUGGCCAGAUUGAGAAGGCGAUUGGGCUGGAUCCGGCCCCUGGGCCUUAGUUUGCCUACCCAUGCUUUAAAUACAUAGUGCAAAUGGGGCCUUAUUCAAGAAACCCAAUGGGUUCUGAGAUUAACAGGCAUUGCCUUAGGCCAGUGGUGAAGAAUCUUUGGCCAUGGGCCUAAUUAGUUUCUGAUUUGGCCUCCAACACUUGUUUCCUCAAGCACUGUGCCCUACCCCAUAUAUCAGGCUUCCUCAAACUCGGCCCUCCAGAUGUUUUUGGCCUACAACUCCCAUGAUCCCUAGCUAGCAGGACCAGUGGUCAGGGAUGAUGGGAACUGUAGUCUCAAAACAUCUGGAGGGCCGAGUCUGAGGAAGCCUGCCAUACAUGGUGUAAAUUUUGAUCUCAGGUGUGAGCCCCAGUGAAGACAUGUCUGUAAGAGAACAAUUGACAGUUGCAUUCUAAGGCUCCUAAUCAGAGCUUCCAGGUGAAGUUUAUCCCUGCUAACAGCAGGACUUGGGAGUCGUGAUGACAUCAGACGACUGACAAGUAGGUAGCUCUGCCCACCAUCAAAGUAAACAGGCUGGGGAACUUGGAGUCCAGCUCUCCAUCCAGAUCUUUUUCUUCACCCCUGUCUUAGGCUGUGCAGGGUCAAAUAUAUACAGUCAUACCUCAUGUUACGUUUGCUUCAGGUUGCGCGUUUUCAGGUUGCGUCCCGCGGCAACCCGGAAGUACUGGAAAGGGUUAUUUCUGGGUUUUGCCGCUCGCGCAUGCGCAGAUGCGCAAAAUGAUGUAAUGCGCAAAAGUGGCGAAUCGCGACCUGCGCAGACGUGGGUUGCGUUCUUUUCAGGUUGUGAACAGGCCUCCGGAAUGGAUCCUGUUCACAACCAGAGGUACCACUGUAUUUGUGUUCAUGAAGGCUAGAAGCCUCCCUUUAUUUAAAACAGAAAAGAAAUAUACGUUGAGAUUCUGGGGCAAGUUCCACAUUCUGUGUUUAGCCUGUGCUCCUGCAGAAUUGUUGUAUAUGCAAGGGGUCUAAUGUAGGCUUACCUGGGAGUAAGGCCUGUUGAACUCAGUGGAACUUACUUUUGAGUUGGCAUCCCUAGGCCUGCACUGAAACUCUUGGGUAUUCUUUUGCUACUUGAUGGUUGGAGAAGUUGUUACUAGGUGGCAGCUCAAUUUUGACCCUACUUACCUGGGUCACUUAUGGAUGAAGGAUGCCCUGCAGGUCACUGCCACCUGGGGUGUGUGUGUGUGUGUGUGUGUGUGUGUGUGUGUGAAAUGUAGGAAUGUGAACAUUUCCUGUGUGCGAUUUGUCCAUAGCUCUCUUCACUGUGUCAACUCUUCUACUUAGGCAAAACAGAAAGCGAAGUGAAAGAAAUCGACAAGGCCAUGUAUCACGACUGGCGCAUGGUACCAAGGCAUGAGGAGGAGGCCUUUAAGAUUUUCACGCCUGUGGAGGAGGAAACGGUUCGCUACGUCCCCUACCCACCGCUGCUGCGGGCCAUGAUCCUCGCUCAGCAGCGGCAGGAUAACCUGAGCACCGAAGAGCCCAUGCUGGACCUGGAGAGGCCUCUUUUCUUCCCAAGAGAGUACUUUGCAAAUCCUAAGAAGCAAGCCGAAGGAACGCCAGUGUGAAGAUUUAAAGAGCAUUGUUUGUUUUUACUAGUUCUUCAUAUUUAUUUCUGAUCUUUCAUUAAAAAAUUACGUUUGGAGGACAUUCACGUUUCUUUUAAUAACAGAGAAUGUAUUGCAAUAAAUGCCGGAGCUCAGAAUCUUUCAUGGGUGUGAUUAAUCCUUGAACGAUCUCAUUUUGACUCUCUUUUUGCGCCGUCCGCGUUGGCAGCUUGAUGAAAUAUGGGCCACCAUCCCUGCUCUUACGCCCCAAUGCCUAGAUUGAAAUAAAGCCUGUGGAUUUCAAUGGAGC